AUGCAAAUUCUCAAGCACACCACAAGCAGAAGUGAGGAGGCAACAAUGGAGCCACGCCUGAAUACCAGCUCGUCUGAAGAGGAUAUCUUCACGGAUCAUUACCUGAUCCUCAAGACCCUUGGCCAAGGCAGCUUUGCUGGGGUCAAACUUGCCCUCCACCGCCACACAGCAGUGCCAGUUGCUGUCAAGAUCCUGGAAAAGGAUGAGAACAAUGCCUCCGAGGUCAUGUCUGAAGUAGGUAUCAUUAAUGCAUUGGAUCACCCAAACAUUAUCAAACUCUUCCACGUCAUCGAAACUAGAAGACAGAUCUAUAUGGUGAUGGAACAUGCUGAUUGGGGAGAUCUGACAGACUAUUUGGAGAAGGUGGGCUGUCCUUUACAAGAGGAGGAAGCCCGCCCCAUCUUCACACAGAUGGCAUGUGCAGUUAACUACUGCCAUGAGAACGCCAUUGCACACAGUGAUAUUAAAUUAGAUAACCUGCUGUUGGAUGACAGAGGACACAUCAAACUGUGUGACUUUGGCCUGGCCAUAAAAGUCACCGCUGGCCAGAAGUUUAAGGGCUGCUAUGGAACCCCCGCGUAUUGCGCUCCAGAGCUUUUCACAGCCCAAGAAUAUGAUGUACUUGCAAGUGACAUCUGGAGCAUGGGAGUGGUUUUGUAUGUAUUGUUAACAUACACCUUCCCCUUCGAAGCAGAUACCUUUUCACAGUUGAAGAGGAAGAUACUGAAUCCAAAGCUCUCCAUUCCAUGCAAGCUUUCCCCACACAUUAUAAACCUCAUCAGGCAAUUGUUCACUGUUAACUUUAGGCAGAGGCCCACAAUACAUGACAUCAUGGGACACCAGUGGCUUAAGGACAGUGAAGAACUUUCAAAAUUACCAUCUUCCUUAGAGAUGUCCCCCAGUAUCCCAAAUCGCAGCAUUGUGUUGACUAUGUGUGACAUGGGCUACAACCCUAAGGACAUUAGAGACUCUUUACAUGAAAAAAAAUUUGAUAAUAUCAUGGCCACUUACCUAAUUUUAAAACAUAAGUCACCUCAAGGCUACAACACCAACUGUCAAAAUAAGCCCAUGCAACCUGCUGCUACCAGGACCCCUGCAGGUCCUGUCACCUUCACUCGCCAUAGGAGAACGACCUUACUAGUUAAACGUCAGCUUUAUGAUGACAAUGAGGGUUCAAGGAAAGGUAUCAGAAGCCACAGCAUGCCUGCCAUCCUGUGCUGCCAGCAGAAGGGCAUGGACUCUUCCAGCUCAGAGAGCAGUUUGGAAGGAAGUGCCGAAAGUGUGGGUUCCGUUGGUGGACGCGAAGCUGAUACUGUUGCCUGCGAGUCAACAUUGCCCAGAAGAAAACGGAGAAAGUG